CAUUUACAAGCAAGGUAAGGAUCCUGCUCCAACCUCUCUAAACUAUGGUGGAGAUAUUCUGAGAAGUCGCUGUUCUUAGCGGUUGUUGCUAUCGACCUCAACUAUAUCCUGAAGAUGUUUCAAGUCUUCAUGAUUACUAAUAGUGCUUAUAGAUGGACUCAAGCUUUAUUUCAUACCUUAGCAAAUCUUUCAAGGACCACAUUCCUUCCACUCAGAAUGAAGGACUCUCAGGUGUCUAUGAGAGUGGAGCUGUCAGUGCUGAAGCUCAGGAGAGAGACCCAAUCUUCUCCGCUCACUUGUUGCCACAACGUGAGUAUGUGGAUAACAGAACUGUUGUCCAAUAUGAUUAAUUUGUCAAUCUGUCAGAAAGUGGCGAAUGAGCUAAACCUAAUUUCUCUAAAAUUUACAAAAACUCCAUCUCCAUAUCUUUCGUUCACUUUGUAUCCCCAUGGAAGUUUAUAG